AUGAAAUGGGUUCAUAGAAUGUGUAUGGAGAAAUGGCUAGAUCAUGCGCCUUAUCAACAGAAAUAUCAAUGUACAAUAUAUCGUUAUCAAACAUGUUGGCGUAUCAGGCCUUUAAGUAGAUGGCGCUUUCCCGAUUUCAAUUUGUCUCUCUGGGAUGGUUUUGAGAUGUCAUUAGAUUUUUUGUGCACUUAUUAUACAUUUUAUCGGGUCAAGAGUCUUGUUCAGGGAAAAGCAAAGUCAUUGUUACGUUCUUGUUUAAUCAUUGGUGUUUGGAAAAUAUUUGUGGCGAGUAACCGCCGUCUGGGCUUCUAUCGACAGCUUUUUGAAAUUGCUAUUCGAACUUUUUUGGAAUCUACGGUGAAAAACGCAAUUUAA